ACUGUCAUCAACUUUUCAAAUUCAGUUGUCAGUUGUCAACCAAGCGGGGUGGACGUGUGUGAAAUCUAGUGUUCAGUGCGCGGAGCUUUUAAAACAUGGCUCUGCUACGUAGGCUGGCAGUGAACGCUCCACGCGGGAUUCGAGUGCUUUCUACAUCAUCCCAGGGUAAAGACGACCUAGAUCUAACAUUCAGCAACCCGAAAGACGCGUUCAAAAGUAAAAAGACCAGUGAACUGAUCCGGGCAUAUUUCGUCUACCAAAUAUGCUCCAUCAAUUGGAUCGUGGAGAACAACGAUAUGUUGAUGAAACGUCUUCGUCAAGUCGUUGGUCAGCGGUUGUUCGAGAUGAUCAUGAAGGCCACCUUCUACGGGCAGUUUGUCGCCGGCGAAGACCAGAACAAGAUUCGACCUACAAUCGAAAGGUUGCGUUCAUUUGGUGUGAAGUCGAUUCUGGAUUAUUCGGUUGAAGAGGACCUCUCUCAGGAAGAAGCUGAGAAGCGCGAAGUAAGCGCCUCCAUCUCUGUUUGCGGUGACACUGAAGAGGAGGGACAGCUCAAGCAAUACCACGUGGAACAGCGUUUUGCUGACCGUCGUUACAAGGUGACCAGCGCGAGAACCUACUUCUACCUCAAUGAGGCCUCCUGCGAGAAGAACAUGGAGGCUUUCCUUAAGAGUAUUGAUGCUGUUGCUGGCAUCACAGAGAGCACGGGUUUGAUGGCUGUAAAACUGACAGCUCUUGGAAGACCACAAUUACUUCUCCAACUGUCCGAGGUGAUUAUGCGUGCGCGUAACUACAUGCAGCAAAUAGCAGGUGGCACAGGCAACGUGCUGACCCAUCACAAGACAAUAGAGGACUUCCAGAGGUACCUCGGAGAGCACUCCUCCAAACCGGAGGUUCAGGACUUUAUGAAGAAGAUCACCUCGGAUAAAGAGGGUAUGCUGCAUUUAUUCCCGUGGGACCGCAUCGUUCACUUGUUCCCCUGGUCAAACAUCCUCGACAAAGACAUGAAUCUAUCGGACUCGUUCCGUGUUCCCGACCCUAAGUCUGGACAGAUGCGGCGUCUAAUCUCGCAGAUCUCGCCCAAAGAGGAGGAAAUGUUCAGGAACAUGCUCAGGAGAAUCAACCACAUCAUCCAGGUUGCUGCGGAGGCGGAUGUGAGGAUAAUGAUAGAUGCCGAGCAGACGUACUUCCAACCUGCCAUUUCCCGAAUCUGCUUGGAAAUGAUGAGACGCUACAACAAGGGAAGAUUCGUAGUGUUCAACACUUACCAAACGUACCUGAAGAACACCUACAAUGAGAUCGUGACCGACCUGGAGCAGGCCGAGCGACAGAACUUCUUCUGGGGGGCCAAAUUGGUGCGCGGCGCUUAUAUUGAACAGGAGCGCGCCCGUGCGGCAGCAAUGGGAUACGAAGAUCCGAGUUGCGAGAGCGUGGAGGCCACUACGGCCUCCUUCCACAAGUGCCUCAAGGAAAUACUCGGAAGGGUCAAGGGUGAACGCCAACAAAAUCUGGGUAUAAUGGUGGCCUCCCACAACGAAGACACCAUCCGAUACGCCAUCCAACUGAUGAGGGACUACAACAUACAGCCUGACGAGAAGGUUGUGUGCUUUGGACAACUUCUGGGCAUGUGCGACCACAUCACCUUCCCACUUGGACAAGCCGGCUACUCGGCCUACAAGUACGUCCCGUACGGGCCAGUGCUGGAAGUGUUGCCAUAUCUCUCGCGACGUGCGAACGAGAACCGCGGUUUCCUCGUGAAAAUCAAGAAGGAGAAGGGUCUCUUGCUCAAGGAAAUUUUCCGUCGGAUCGUCACCGGCAAGGCCUUCUACAAACCUGUCGGUAAUUACACGCCCGUGUAGGCCAGGCCUGAUCUCUAGGAGUUUCAAUUUCACCGCUUUCGGUUUCGUUUAUAGCCAUCUACACUGUCGUGAAUGACAGGGGUUAAGCCAAUAGAAAUUAGCUUUCGACUAUUUAUACGACUGACAGUUGAUACGUAAAUGACAGCUGUCAAAACCGGUAUGAGAUUGGCAACAUCGCAAAAGUAUUCUUUAUUUAAAUUUCAACUAAAGUGUCAACGUCAUAGCUUAGAGAACGUCAGUUUGCCUUUUCUAUUGGUUUAAGUUCUACAGGUCUUUCGCAUAUUCAGAACUGCAUUCGUUGAUUGAGCUUCGUCCACACGUUUUAGGAAUUGAGAUAUAGUCUCAUGUGUACGGGGCUUUAGGAAUUGCUCCAUGGAAAGUGGAAAGCUAGUUGAAUCUUUUUGGAAUUGUUUUUAUGUACAUAUUAUUGCCGAUUUUUCUUCAAAUUGCGCAAGUAUUACGCGAAUGUAUUAAUCCAACGUUUUAAUUAUAUGAAAUUAAUAUUUUGUGUGCUCUCGAUCUGUUGCUUUUUUUCGCAACAUUGUAGAUAUUUUAAUUUAACCGAACUAUCACAAUUUUCUUAGAAUUUAUUGUACAUGUAUUUUUUAAUUUAUUUAAUUUUUAAAAUUGUAGUAUUAUUAUGUAUAUUUUGAUGUUUUAUUUUGGAAUUUAUUUAGUUAUUUUCGAUAUUGAUUUGUGUGUUGCCAACAUAAAAUACGUAAUAGAGAAAUCUUAGUGAAUCUUUGAUAACAGCAAUUUCUUAAUAAAAACUCCUGGGAUGUCUGGAA